CUGUGUCGUCAAACGCUCAAAGCUUUGCCCGGAAAAGCGAAAAAGGCUAACUUUACUGAUUCUUUCAGAUCUUUUGACAGUUUUUGCUCAUCAAAGGUGAAGCCUUUGAUUCUUCCGCCAUUGAAAUGAUUCAAGCUUGAUACAGCACAUCGCUGCUGCAACAGCUGAGAGCCGAGAAUGGCGAUCAUAACGGAGAUGCCGGAAGAAGAAGUAAGACAGGAACCUCAGACAAGACCAGAGCCUGAGCAGAAGAGACCGAAACAACAAGACCCAACAACGCCACCGACCCUACAAUCCCCGCCGGCGAAUCCGUUCGUCUUCUGGUGUUACUUCACUCUCACUGUCUCCUUGAUCACCUUCCUGUUCGCCUCUUUCUACUCUCCCUCCCCUCCAGACCCCAAGUCCUGGUUCCUCAGCCUCCCCGACCCGCUUCGCCACCAUUUCGCGAAGGGCCGGUUCGUAAAGAUCCAGACUUUUCCGGAUUCGAGCCCCGUCGAGGUCUUUGCGGUCGAGAAAGGCCCGAUUGGGGGCGUGAACGUGCUGCUAAUACACGGACUCGGCGUGAGUUCUUAUUCCUUUAGGAGUGUUAUUGAGUCUUUGAGCUCCAAAGGUGUCCAUGUAGUCGCCAUAGAUUUGCCCGGAAGUGGGUUCUCCGAUAAGUCCGUUGUCGUGGAGGAAGAGGUGGAAGUUGGGGCUUUGGGGAGGUUUUGGGAUGUGUAUGGUGACAUAAAGGAGAAGGGUGUGUUCUGGGCAUUUGAUCAGAUAAUCGAGACCGGGCAGAUGCCGUACCAGGAGCUCGAUAAGCCCCGCAUUUCUCGUAGGAAGAGUGUGAAGGUGCUUGAAUUGGGCUCCGAAGAAAUGGGCAGGGUCCUGACUCAGGUGAUCCAGACCAUGGGGUUGGCUCCUGUUCAUUUGGUCCUUCAUGACACAGCUUUGUCAAUGAGUGCCAAUUGGGUCCUGAGCAGCUUAGGUCUUGUAAGGAGUGUGACUCUGAUCGACACCGCACCGAAUCCCACACUGCCCCUGUGGGUCCUCUCGAUGCCUGUUGUGGGGGAUGCUGUGUUGGGGGUCUCUUACUUGUAUAAUAGGCUGAUUGACUCGUUCUGCAAGAAGGGCAUGAGUAGUUUAGAUGCCGAGGCACAUAGAGUUCUUCUUAAAGAAAGAGAUGGAAGAAGAGCAGUUCUUGGGAUGGGAAGGAAGUUGAAUAGCAGCUUUGAUGUUGCUGAAUGGGGCGGUUUGGAGGAGUUGAGCAAGACGCCAAUUCAAGUUCUUUGGUCCAGCAGUUACUCCAACGAAUGGAGCGAGGAGGGGAAUCGAAUCUCAAAUGCGAUUCCACACGCAAAGUUUGUUGCCCAUUCGGGCGGUCGAUGUCCUCAGGAAGAUGCUGCUGAUGAGCUAGCGGAUAAUAUUUUCGAGCUCGUGUCUUCUAUACCAAAAACUGUCCGAAAGGUCGAGGAAGAGCAUCUUCCCGAGCACAUUCAAAAGAUGUCCGAUGAAGCUACAAGCAAAGAUGAUCACAACCACCAUCAUCAAGGUCAUGGUGCUCAGGAUCACCACCAUGGCCACGGUCAUUCUCACAUGGGGGGAGCUGGAGGAUACAUGGAUGCUUACGGGCUGGGGGGUGGAUGGGCUGAGUGAUAGCACAGCCUCGUUGAUGAUCGAUCUUCAGCCCGGAAUUAGACCCAAGAAAUCCAUAGUUUUUGGGUGUCGCGGAAUUCGCUUUUUAUAUGAGCAUUGUUUGUUGUAUGAGAUGCAAUAUAUCUUCGUCAAACUCUUUUUGUAGCGUUGUACUGCCUAUUCUCUUUGGUUAAUUUCAAUAGAUUGUGACACACGCAUACACAAAAUCUUCUAUUCGAAUGUUUUCAAUAGAGAAGUAAAUUAUACCUUUC